AUGUUUCUCAACACUUAUGGGGAGGAUGCCCUCCUCACGAAUUAUCUACCCUCACCCAGAUCAAAGAUCAAACAUGAGUUGAUCGAUCCAUAUUAUAUGUUGACAUCGUGGAAGGGAUUAUACUGCUGCUCCUGGUCGGGAAUCACCUGCCACACCCGCACUGCCCACGUGAUUCGUCUGGAUCUUGGCUUGUUUUGGCUGGUAGUUAGGAAUUCAAGCAGCCAAAUAUUCCCUGCUUUGUUCCACCUGCAGCAUUUGGAGUACCUCAACCUCACUUGGAUUGACUUGUCCCCUCUUCCCUUCCCUUCACAUCUUCCGAGCCUCAGCAAAUUGACGCAUUUGAGCUUGAAAGGAUGUGGCCUCGAUGGCCUAAUUCCAAGUGAGCUUGGCAAUAUGUCUGCCUUGAAAUAUCUGGACAUCUCUGACAAUUAUGCUCUUAGCGGCCCAAUUCCAGUUGAGAUUGGCAACAUGUCUAGCUUGACAUUUCUAGACAUCUCUGACAAUUCUCAUCUGCAGAUGGGGCAUUCGGGCUCGUGGAUUCGAAAUUUGCGAGGGUUGGAGCACCUUGAACUAGAAGAUGUGAAUCUGACAUUUGGUGUGAUAGAGAGUGUUGCUUCUCUUCCCAAUCUUACAUCACUUGUAGUCAUGUCUGAUAUGCCAGGUACACUUCUCUCUCCUCUUGUAAACCUCACCUCACUCUCCCAUCUCGAUCUUGUUGGUAGUUAUUUCACUCAGCAGCCAUUUCCCAUUUGGAUUUCAAAUCUUACAUCUUUGGUUUCCCUCCACCUCUUCGACUGCAAUCUCAAUAGUUCCAUGCCUACCGCUGUUUUAAGACUUCCACAUUUGAGGGACCUUGACUUGUCCUAUAACCUUGGUCUCAAAGUCAACCUCUCCUUUAUUGUGCAACAUGGUUUCCAGCUUAGCACCCUUUCCAUUACAAGUUCAAAUGUGGGGGGAGUCAUUCCGAAUUCUAUUGGGAAUAUGUCUUCAUUAACCGCCCUAGAUCUUUCUGGUAACAAUGUGGGAGGAGUCAUUCCGAAUUCUAUUGGGAAUAUGUCUUCAUUAACCGCCCUCUAUCUUUCUGGUAACAAUGUGGGAGGAGUCAUUCCGAAUUCUAUGGGGAAUAUGUCUUCAUUAACCACCCUAUAUCUUUCUGGUAACAAUAUCGAAGGUAGUCUUCUAGCUUUUAUUGGAAAUCUAUCACAUCUUGAAGUGUUGGACCUUUCCAGUAACUCACUUAGAGGCAACAUUCCAUGGAGCUCAUUAUGUGGAUUAUCAAAGCUUUUAGAGCUUCAGCUUGGGUCAAACCAAUUAAAUGGAAGCUUUCCAUCUACUUUUGGUAAUCUCUCGUCUUUACUAUUGCUUGAUCUCUCAAACAACUCUUUCAGUGGCACUUUCUUACUCUCUCAACUACAAAAUUUCACAAAGCUUUAUUAUUUAAGUCUUUCUGACAAUUUCUUGAGAGUAAAAGUUGACGGCUCUUGGAUCCCCAAAUUUCAGCUUUAUAUCUUGCACUUGCGUUCUUGUAAUAUGGAUGGCAAUUUCCCAACUUUCUUAUCAACUCAGCAGUAUACAAUUGAAGAACUUGACUUGUCCAAUAAUUCUCUUAGUGGAUAUAUUCCAGAUUGGUUGUGGGAAUUUACACCCUUCUAUACACUCAACCUCUCUUGUAAUCAAUUUGGAGGAAGGCCUUUGUCAUCUAAGUUCAGUAAGUUUGGUGCUCAAAUUGUUGACUUACAUAAAAAUAAGUUACAAGGAAAUGGUUUUUUACCCUAUCCUAAUGUGGAAUUCUCGGACAUUUCUGAGAAUCAAUUUGAUGGCAUCAUUCUAGCAAGCAUUGGCAAACAUGGCCAAAGUCAGCUCAAUUAUUACUCACUUGCAAAUAAUAAUAUAAGUGGUUCCUUUCCACCUUUUAUUUGUGAAGGGCGUCACUUGGAGGUUCUAGAUGUGUCAAACAACAAGCUCACAGGUAAAAUUUUUGCAAGUUUUGGGAAUUGCUCAUCAACACUAAAGGUAUUAAAUCUAGAAAAUAAUCAUUUGCAAGGUGAGAUUAGGAGCAUAGUUUGUCUUGAAACAUUGAAAUUGGGAAGUAACAAGCUACAAGGGUCAAUUCCACCAUCAUCACAUGCGGGGAACCAUCCCAAAUUGGAUAGGGAAGUUAAUUGGCCUUCUAAUUUUGGUGUUGAGAUCUAA